AUGAUGUACUCACCCGCACUCCUUUUGAGCAGCCUCGUCGGCGCCGUCUCUGCCGCCUCGUCGCUUCAGGUGGUCACAGUAGGAAAGAGCGGAUCACUAAGUUACUCGCCCGACCAAAUCACGGCCAACGUCGGCGACAAGAUCGAGUUCCAGUUCUUUGGCCCUACACACUCUGUCGUCCAGGCAUCGUUUGAUGAGCCUUGCACCGCGUUCAACGGCGGAACCGGCUUCUUCGCCGGCAUGUCGACCAAUGGCAAUGGCCCCAAUCCCAACUCCUUCACUAUUACCAUCAACGAUACGAAGCCUGUCUGGUUCUACUGCGGAUUCCCGGGCCAUUGCCAGGCUGGCAUGGUUGGAGUAAUCAACGUUUCUUCCAACAAGUCAGAGACGCUCAACAUCUUCAAGUCCAACGCCGCCAACGCCGCCAAGAGCACAACUCCCAAGCAGCAGCAGGGAGGCGUCAUCGGUGCUUUCGUGAACCCCUCCAGCGCAUCCAGCGCCUCGACUGCCACAACCGCGGGCGCGACGAGUGGUGGCUCGGCUGCUUCUCAGACGAGCUCUGGUGCGGCGCCUUCGCAGACGGGUAACGAUGCUGGUCAGGUGAGGGGUGAGUUUGCCCUUCUUGGAGGCUUGGCUGUUGCGGCUGCUGCGAUGCUUGUGUAA